CGAAUGAGCUGUUCCCAAACCACGCGCUAAUGUUACUCCUGUCAGCUCUGCGCGCACAGCUUCCGGCAUUUUUUUUAGCUCGCCAGGUUCUGAAUGACAGAAUUUCCUGAAUAAACAAAAGACUCAGUCCCCGAGUGGCUUGUGUUCCCAGUUUCCGUCUGGCCUGGCGUCUGAGAGAGUGCGCCCGCCGCUUUAACAGGCUUUUCCACUAGUUCAGAGGACUUUCAUGCAUGUAUGUGAGCCCCACGAAGGAAAACCAUGGAAACCCAGGGUGGUACUCCUGUCGCGGGAAAUGCGUCGCUGUCCGCCGCUUCAGCCAACGCCGAGCUCCGUUCUUCCCCGAUCCCCAAGGUGCUGAUCCCGCCGGCCGUCAGACUGUCGCGCCGAUCGUCCUCCCCCGUCCCACGGUCGUCCUCGCCGGCUAACAGAUCUGGUUUACGAGGUCUGUUACCAUGGAGACGUGAGCACCGCCCGCGGAGUGGCAGUGAUCCCAACAGCAGGGAUCUGAUGCUCCGUCAGGACUCGCCCCAGCGAGAGAAGGCCAGCACGUUACCAGUGUCCCGGCCAGGUCCGGACUCGCCCCAGCGAGAGAAGGCGAACACGUUACCGGUGUCCCGGACGCGUGCGCGGUCCCGCAGUCGCAGUCCUGCUGCCAAGAUUGCGCAACAGCACCGAGGCAGACAGGGCAUAGACAUGCAUCGCGGUGAGAGUCACAACGUGGCAGCCCCGGCACGGUCGCGCAGUCCUGCCGUUCCACACGACCACGGGAGUACGUCCGGUGGGGAACUGUUGUCGCGACCUCGCGCCGUCAGCGCUGCCUCCAGUCUGAGCGAUGAACCUAUAGUGCUCCCCGAAGCAGAGGGUGGAGAAAGACUUGUCACAGCGGAGUAUUCCACAGCGACCAUGUCUUCCCAGGGUUCCCAGGGAGCAGACUCACUUCCAGGUGACGACAUUGACGGGGCGACGAGCACCGACCCACAGCGGGUCAAGGCAGCCAUCGAAAAUCUACAGCACAAAAUCGAGAAAACGACAGAACAGAUCAAACAGGAACAGAAAGCUCGAGAUGAGCACGUUUCAGAAUACCUGAAACUGGCAGCGAACGCGGAUCGCCAACAGGCCGCCCGUAUCAAGAGCGUGUUCGAGAAAAAGAACCAGAAGUCGGCCACGAACAUCCAACAGCUGCAGCGUAAACUAGAGAACUACCAGCGGCGGCUGAAGGAGGCCCAGGAAAACGGCGUGGUCGCACACCGGCAACCGAAGGAAGUACUCAGAGACAUGGGGCAGGGGCUCAGAGAUGUUGGCGCUAAUAUACGAGAUGGGAUAACUGGGUUCUCAGGGAAGACCGCGCGGAAGGGCAGUGGAGAUGAGGCUAAAGAGACGGUUAGCCGACAGGUUUCCCUCCCGGUUAAGGCUGGAUUAUUGAAAAGGAUGCCAGUGUUGAAGCGAGCAGACUCAAACGUUGAGGAGUCAUACAAACCGAGUGUUACACCGCCUUCUUCUGAGAGAAAAAAGUCCCUAGCAAGGGCAGUGGUGAAUAAACCUAAAGAGUUUGCUCACCUGAUUAAGAACAAGUUUGGCAGUGCAGACAACAUCAGUAGUCUGAAAGACAGUUUAGAUGAGAGAGAAGACCUCAGUAGACAGUUUCUCACACCUUCCAAUAUCUCAACCAUCUCAAGUGCAAGCCACCCAACCAGUCAACCUUCUAGUCACCAUGGUUACGGUAGCGAAGACGAGUGCUCCAGUAUGACCUCGGGGUCGGGGGGUCACAUGGCGAUGCCCAGCCCUGAGAUCCAGCCCGGGCCGUCCUCCCAGUCCAUUCCAGCGCAGGUGCUGCAGCCCAUCCUAGAGGAGCUGCAGGAGAUGAGAAACAAUCAGGCACUCUUCCAGAAUUCCAUGGCCGACUUGAAGAAUCAGAUGCAACAGGAGUAUUCCUUUUUAACAACUGCUCUGCAGGAGGAGAGAUACAGAUAUGAGUUACAGAUGAAAAACCUGGGAGAUAUCCAGCAAUAUCGCAUGCCAAGAGUGAAUAGACUAGAGGAGCAGCUGAAUGACCUGACAGAGCUGCAUCAGAAUGAGAUGAGUAACCUGAAGCAGGAACUGGCCUCCAUGGAGGAGAAGGUCGCGUACCAGUCCGACGAGCGAGCGCGGGAUAUACAGGAGGCACUCGAGUCCUGCCAGACCAGAAUAUCUAAGAUGGAGCUGGCCCAGCAGCAGCAACAGCUGGUGUCUAUGGAGGGGCUGGACAGUGCCAACGCUCGCGCCCUCAUCUCCAAACUCAUCAACGUUCUACUGGCCGUCAUCGCAGUCAUCCUUGUCCUAGUCUCCACCCUGGCAGGGAUGGUCACUCCCAUGCUCAAAACACGAAGCAGAGUGGCGAGCUCUCUCCUGGCCCUGCUGGUCACCAUAUUGCUGUGGAGAAACUGGGGGAACGUCGUCGACGCGUACCAUCACUUCCUGGAACACUAUGCCGUCAUGGUAACGCUCAGAUGACACCCAUACGGACCGUACCAGAGUUCAUAUCGUCCUCAUGCGCCACAGGCAUAUCUCCCGUUCUCACAGCACACACGUUCUAAAGUUGUUGCACUAUAAACCUGAUUGUGUAUACUGUACAUCCACAUUGUACAUGUGACGUAGCCACGUGCACUCAAUAAGGCUGGGAUAGGGGUUCUGGGUAUCAGGUAGCUAUGAUUAAAAAAUGAUAUCAGGUUUCUUGGCAACCCCUAUCUCAGCCUCAGCAGUCCUUGAGGCUUCAGCUUGCCAAUACUGCCAUGCAGUCCUACUGCCAGGGCCCAAUUCAAAACAAAUGAAUCGUAUCAAAACGUAAUUGGUUAACAGUGCAGAUCUGGCAUACGAUUUUGUAUAGAAUUUGUUGAUUUUACUUUGUACAAACUUGAGAGGUUUGAAAUGGCCCCCUGAUUAGAUACACAAUGUAUAUACUGAUUAUAACGGUCAUAUAUUUUGUUCCUUGGAGGAACUGCAUGGGUGUGUGAAAAUUCUUUCUAUUUAUCCGAGAGCUACAAAUUAUUCAGGUUAAUACAACUCAAACAGCUCCUGACCAGUUAACAAAGUAGCAGUAUUUGAAUUUGAUUGGACAAAUUGUCACAUUUAGAUGGUAUCAAAGGAAGAUUUUCUGACUCUAGAUCUUGUGACUUAACAGAAAAAUGUAUACAGUUUAAUGUACAUUACCGUUGUUUCCUAGAAGUUGCAAGGUUCUACAUGUAAUUAUUAUAAAUUAAAGUGACUGUUGCUGUUUGAUGUAAAAACCAGUCAACCAAGUUGCUCUAUACAAAACUCUGGCAUAUUGUCAGAUAUCUUUACUAGGGCAUCAUCAGUAGAAUGAAAAAUAGAUCACAAUAAGUCUUGUUGCAGACAUGUUGAUGUUCCUAGUAUUAGAGGAGCCUGAGAUGUUUUUGGCAAUGCCCUAGGGGUGGAGCCAAAUGUACUUCAUUGCCAUUGAGGUGGGUUUUAGUAAGUGGUGUUGUGAAAAGUUUGAGGUGUGGUUUUAAGGUUUUAUUUGGAUAGUACAUUUGAAGGCAGUGGGUCAGAAUGGAAAAUCAAAAUAACACCCCUCUUAGACAAGUGAAACGUUCCAAAAUUGAGUAGGGGGCAGUUUUCCUGUUAUAGUAGAUUAUAGCCGAACUGGUUGGAGGUCACACAAAAGUCUAAUAUUGCUUCUCAUUUCUAGUGAAAGGAUGGCAGAAAUGCUACCAGAAACUGUCAAAACAACUAGAAAAAAAUAUCAAGUUGAAAUGUACCAGUGAAGAGAUCCAGAUGAACUGUUCCAAAUCUUCUGCAAAUAGUUUCAUCAGGUUGGUAAAAUACUCAAUACAGUAAGGUUCUUCGAAACACAACCAGAAUUGCACUCAAUUCCAAUGUUUCGAUGUCUGUCAGACACCAUCAUUAGGGUUCCAAAUCUUGCCACGAGAUUUGGUGAAAGAAAGCCCAAGACUUUAAAAUGUGACCCUUUUCCUUGCAUUUAGAAGCCAUUUGACCCAAGAAUUAAGAUAUUGAGUGGCCAAGAGUACAGAAAUCUAGACAGAGUUUUUAACAGGAAGGUUUAUGAAAGAGUUGAUUGCUUAUGAUGCAGAAUUUAUGAAACCAUCCCCAAGGGAUCGUUCAGAAAAGAGUUGAGGAAAGGUUCAGUAUUGUAAAGAAAAGAUAUUGUUUGGGAAUGGUGCAGACUUUCAGAACCAUCCCACAUUGGAAUGAAGCAGAAUGUAUAUAAUGUCAAGAUGAAAGGUUUGUGAAAGGAUAAUCAGAAAGUCACUGAUAGAAAUUACUUUAACCGACCAAUGUGAAAACUGGCUUACCCCUAUGUCUUUUGCAUCAGUACUGCAAACAAAUACUAGUAGUACAUAACUGUUCAAGUCUUGUCCAUUCUGUAAACUAUCACCCUGAUACAGCUGUUGUAAUUUGCAUACACAAGCCCUCAUCCUGAAUAGUAGAACUGGAUUUAUGGGACAAACUGUACUGUAAAUACUUGUCAUUGAAACAGAAAACAUGGCUUGUUUAUAGGGUACCGUUUAUAGAAGGUAGCAGUCUGUACAGUGCUUUAAAUUUACAGAUGAACAUGGUUGUCUUGAAGUAGUCUUCUCUACAUGUCCUCUCGCAGUUGAUCCUCAGACCUAGUGUACGAAUUGUUACAGGUACUCGAAAGUUAACCAGUGGACACAAAUGUAGUAAGAUUAGUUUUCAAUGGCCGGCACUUAAGUAAGAAAGCACCUAGGGUUAGAAGUACGUCUUGUGAGAAGCAGAACUGUGAAGUUCCAUGUCUUGUGAUGAAAACUAUGCCAAUCAGAUUACACCUAUGCAUCACUUGUGAAGAUAGAGCUCAAUUUAUAGAUGAGAGUUUAAAAGCAGAGAUGUAUAAAAACUGUAAGUUUGCAGCAUGGGACUUAUGAUGUAUUGAUUUGCAUGUUUUGCUGCUAAAGUUUCUUAUUUUGCAUGUUUUUUAACCUAUAGUUGAACUUUUAAUUUGUUCAGCGAUUAGUGUGACUAAUCCUUGCACAUGUAUAAAAUGUUUUAUUUUUUAUCAUGAAAAAAGUGUUAUUUUAUCACAACAUCCUAUCUUGGGGCCAAGUGUUUUAAUUGUUAUGUCCACAGAAAUAUGGUUAUUUGCCCGAACUUGGAAUUUGUUUGCAAGGACUCCAAGUGCUGUAUGAAUAUGUUGAUUUCCAUGCAGAUUGAAGAAAUAAACAUUGCAACUUUUGUUUGUGCUGAUAAAA